GGAGGCCUCGCCCGGCCCGCGCCCCCCGGGCCGAAGGCGCCCGCCUUGCCCGCGCUUUCUGCCCGCUCGCCCCCGCUGGGGGCCGCCUGCGCCUCCCCUCCCUCAGCGCCGUCCCCUGCGCCAGGUAGAGCCGCUGCCCGCGGCGGGGGCGGCGGCUCGGGGCGGGCCGCGGCGCGCGGGCGAGCUGAGGCGGAGCGCGCAGACAGCUGGCGCCGAGGGAGCCGCGCGGCGCGGUGCGCGGGGCAGCUCCGCGCAGGGGCCGCCGCGCCGGGCGUCCACCUCACAAUUUCCGGAGUCUUCCAGAGAAGAGAAUAAAAAGAAACCAGUUUUGGAAAGGCUCGGAAAUUUGUUUAGCACUGGGAAAAGGAAAAAUGUCAAAAGCUCACUAGAACACACCUCGAAUUGGAAAAGGGAGAGGUCAGUUUCUCCUCACAAAGCACAAGCGAUAUACUGUAAGCAUAUAAAAGAAGGACCCGAAGCUCCUCAAGUACAGCGAGGGAGAAGCCUGAAUGCUGCUUCCGAAACGCAGGAAUAUAAUUUCAGUGGGGAAAUAGCGCCUGUGUAUCACGACACUGUUUCAGAAUGGAGUGGUAAAGGAGUCUCGUCUGACAGUGAGUGGUCACCAGACUGGAGCAGCAGCAGUGAAGCCAUUAAAAACACAUUCUUUGAGAGUAGCCUGAAUGUGGAAACAGUGGAACUGGAAGAAGAGCUGGUCACAGAUAUAAAUAAUUCCACAACUCCAAACUUCAUAAAGAGCUUGAGGAACUUACCUAGUGAAGACUUAGAAAAGAGUAUCUUAAAUCACAAGCAGCUAGUGAAUACAUGGGUCCCUGAGGAGCCUGGGCAUGCAAAGCCAAAGCAUUUGCCAUACAGUCUGGAAUUCACAGCAAGUGAGCACACACCUUCUGCUAGAGUGUUAACAGUUGAUAUCUAUCUUAGAAAAACAGAUGAACUUCUUAAUGAACCUGUGACUGUUUUAUCGGAAGAAAAUUGUGGUGACUCAGACACAAUGGAUAAAAAAUCUGCCAAUAAAAGGUCUGGAAAAAGAAGAAAAUCUCAGUCAUCUAGUGACAUCCCAAAUGGAGAGAGAAAUCAGACUGAGAAUGCUGCAAAAGAAGAUGCAGUUUUUGAGGACGAUGUCCAUUCUGAUGUGUUUUCAGACAAGAUAAUGAACUCGGAAAGAAAAAUGAAGUCUCCUCAACAGGCUUCUGAAAGGAAUCCCUCUUCCUCAGGUAAUAAUCAGGACCUAAAAGCUGGAUCUGCUCAAAAAGGGGCAUCUAAAAAUGAAGCUGACAAAGGCAAGCAGCAGACAUCAAACACGACCCCAGCAAGGAGAAGAUCGUAUAAAAAGAAUCAGUUGGAUGCUGUCCCCGUUUCACCUACUGGUUUGAAGAGUCAGAUAAAAGAUUACUCCUCAAAAAGGCAACUUUUAGCACCAACAGAGAGUAACCCAAUGACAAAAAGAACUUCAGUGGAAAAGGGAACUAUACCGGUGGCUUUUGGGGAAGAUGGUUUGGAGUCUCCCAAAGCUUCCUUGGCUGAUAAGACAGAAAACACUGCCUUGGUAUUUGUUGAUGGAAGAAGCGAGUCCAAGACAAUAAAACAUAGCAAUGGCUCUGAUGUAAGAGCUUUCGUGCGUACUGAUGGGAUUAAAAAUGGAGACAUGUCUCUGUCAGCUGAAAGACUGACAAAUUCUGAUUUCGACAGCUCAAAGCUGAAAAGUUUGGAUGCUUCCAGAACAGUCACAACAAAGAUUAGCCUUCCAGCCAAACCGAAGAAUGUGGAGCUGAAUUUUAAAGCACCUACAAAUCAAGACAGUUUAGAAAGUGAGCAGGAUUCUCUUGAAAAACCAGUUAAUAAAACUAACAGCAGCAUUGCCAACAAAAUUUCCUUGUUUGAAAGUAAAUGUGGCAACCAGAGCCAGAGGCCUGCUGAAAUCCCUGCUUCAAAAAAUAGUACUGUACCAAGCACAUUUGUUGGCAGAGCAAAGCUGAAAUUUGGAAAACAACCUAAGGAAACUGAACAGCCUGAUAAAACGUUAAAUAAGCAAAGCAGUCGUCAGAGGUUAUUUGAAAAUGGCACGACAGACAAAGAUAGCACUGCAGAAUUAAAAAGCAAAAAUGAAGAAGGGUCCACAUCUUAUGAGGAUAUUGGGAAGGCAACAGAACUUAAAGUAAAAGCUGCAAUAUCCCUUUUUAAUCAAAAUAGCAGAAUUGAUGGUAGUGGUAUCUCUCUGAAGCAACCUGAUCCAGAAUUAGCCACAGCUAAAAAAGAAAGUUUACCCCUUAAACUGUCUUUGCACUCACCCAAUAAGAGUGAAAAUACUCAAGAUACUUGCCACCAAAGUAACAACACAAGCUCAGAAUUUUCCAGAAAUGAAGAAGAGGUGCUCUCAAACACAGAGGUUUUAUCACCUUGCAGUGAUGACAAAUAUCCUGUACAAGCUAAUCACUUUUCUAGAGAGUCAGAAUUUCAGAAGAUGGAAAACGGAGAUAAAAAGGCAAAGCCGGGAGAUUCAAGCUUGCCAGCCCUGCAGUAUCAUGAAAAUAGUUCAGAUAAUAUAUUGGUGCCAGAGCACGAUAUCAACGCACAAAAGAGUCCAAGCAAAACUUGUAAUGGUUCUGCUGAAGAUGAUAGCAUUUUUGAUUCCCCAUCUGACAUGAAGAAGUUUGCUGAAACAAUAAAAAACUUGGACAGCUCAGUGUGUUUACCACAAAAGAAGAAAAGGUCAAAGCUUCCCAAAUCACCAGUACCCCACUUUGCAAUGCCUCCAAUUCAUGAAGACAAUUUAGAGAAAGUAUUUGAUCCUAGUGUAUUUACUUUUGGUUUGGGACUGAAGAGGGAGAAAGCACAGGAUCUUUUACCAGCCCAGCAAUUUAAAAUGCAAAGCUUGGAAACGAUAGCCAGAGUCAGACCCAAGCGUGCAUCAACAGAGCAAAGCAUAAUAUUCAAGUCCCUGCAAUCAUGUAGUAGAGAGGAAACUGCCUUUGCUCAGGAACUAAAUGGAAAAGAGAGUAAUGAUAGUACAGAUGGUGAAGUUAAGAGAUCCCGGCUUGAAAAAAGCUCACUUUUCUCAAGCUUGUUGUCAUCUACAUCUAAAGAAAAGUGUUUUAUUCCUUCUGUGACAUCAGUAAAUAACACGACAGCCGAUUCUGCAGGGAUGCCUCUACAGCAGGAUGCUUCUGGACCAUUCAAUAUGUCUCAAAAAUCUGAGUCUCUUUCAGAUAUGAAGUUUCCAAGUCAUGUGGAGAAGUACAUGCAAGCAGAUAGUGCAAAAAAAGAUCUAAGUUUACAAAUGUGUAACUAUGGAAACCCUGAGAAAAGUUUCUCCAACUGGUUAGGGACAGGCAGAUAUGACUCAAAUGUCCCCACUGGCUUAUUAGAUGUGGAUGCAUUUUCAAGAAAUGGAAAAAAUAAAAUCAAUCCCAGACCUGGCAAGCUGGUGAUAUACAGUGAAUCUGACAAUCAAGAGAAUGGUAUUGAAGUUUUCCAUGAUGUACUGGAUUGCAGUUCUUGGGUUCUGUCACCAGCAAUUCUAGUUAAAGUCAUCAGAGGAUGCUGGAUACUUUACGAGAAACCAAAUUUUGAAGGCCCCUCUAUUCCUCUGGAAGAAGGAGAGCUGCAACUCACUGAUAUAUGGGGUGCAGGUACUUCUGAAGAGCAAUAUGAAUGCAGAUCUCUAAAGCCUGCAGUGAUUGGUUCAAUAAGACAUGUUGUUAAGGAUUACAGGGUUUGCCGAAUUGAUUUGUAUACAGAACCUGAAGGGCUGGGAAUCGUGACUUCCUUUUUUGACGACACCGAGGAAACAGGCGUGUUUGGCACUACUCAGAAGACCUGUUCUAUGAAAGUGCACUGGGGCAUAUGGCUAAUUUAUGAAGAACCUGGUUUCCAGGGAAUCCCUUUAAUGUUGGAGCCUGGUGAAUAUCCUAAUUUAGCCUUCUGGGAGAAGAAGGAAGCCUACAUUAGGUCUAUGAGGCCCUUGAAAAUGGGUGGUCGCAAAGUCGAAUUCACUAGAGAGCCAAAGGUAAUCAUUUAUGAGAAGCCUUUCUUUGAAGGGAGGCAUGUGGAGAUAGAAUCAGAAAUAUUUAUGCUCAAUGACAAAGAAUUGAAAGAGAAGACAGUGCUUCCGCUUGCAUCAGUGGGAUCCAUGAAAGUCUUGGGAGGAGUGUGGGUUGCUUAUGAGAAGCCCAGGUUUGAAGGCCAUCAGUACUUGCUGGAAGAGGGAUCUUAUCAGGAUUGGAUGGACUGGGGUGGUUAUGAUGAAGAACUGCAAUCACUGCGGCCUGUUACUGGUGACUUCACAAAUUCCCAUAUGAUAAUGUACAGUGAAAAAGACUUUGGAUCAAAGGGUUCCAAUAUUAAUGUGUUAGGAAUUAUUUCCAAUUUGAAAGACACUGGAUACGGGCUGAGGACACAGUCUAUAAAUGUGCUAAGUGGAGUGUGGGUGGCUUAUGAGAAUCCUGAGUUUACAGGGGAGCAGUACAUACUGGAUAAAGGGCUAUAUCCCAGCAUUGAGGCAUGGGGGGGCAAGAAUUGUAAAAUAUCUUCAGUUCAACCUAUUGUUGUGGAUAUUGUUGGAAGCGAAAGGGGUAAAGUUAAGGUCCAGUUAUUUUCAGAGCCUGAUUUCAAGGGUAACUGCCAAAUAUUUGAAAAAAAUACAAAAUGUAUUGAUUCAUUUGCUGCGAAGUCUUCAAAAAUUUUAGAUGGCAGCUGCAUAGUGUAUGACCAGGAAGAAUUCUCUGGUAACCAGUAUGUGUUAGAAGAAGGAAUCUAUCCUGAUCUGACAGCAAUGGGAUGUUCACCCCAAGCAGUUCUAAAAUCUUUACGGAUUGUAAAUAUUGAGCUGUCUGAGCCACGUAUAGCUCUUUUUGAAAAGGUGGGUUUCCACGGAAAGAAAAUUGAAUUCAGUACAGAAAUCUUAAAUCUCCAGUUCCUGGGAUACAACCCUCGAAUAGCUUCAGUCCAAGUCCUUGGUGGCAUAUGGAUAAUAUAUGAACAUAGUAAUUACAGGGGGCGUCAGAUGAUGUUAUCACCAAACGAAAUUCCAGAUUGGUAUAAACUGAGUGGCUACUGUCUGAUAGGUUCUCUGCGACCAUUGCUUCAGAAACGUGUGUACUUCAGGCUUCGAAACAAGGAAACUGGAAAAUUCAUGUCAGCUGAUGGAAAUCUAGACAACUUAAAUCUUCUGAGAAUACAAAUUGCAGAAGAUACUGACUCAGAUGAUCAAAUCUGGGUUUAUCAGGAUGGAUUCAUAAGAUGCCGGAUGGCAGAGGAUUGCUGCUUGACAAUUGUUGGAAAUCUUAUAACUCCUGGCUCUAAACUGGGUCUUUCAUUUGAGCGGAAUGAAGACAAACAAUAUUGGCGCAUUAGUCCUGAUGGCAGGAUCUACAGCAAGAUGAAACCAAAACUGGUUUUGGAUAUCAAAGGGGGCAUGCAGUAUGAUCACGACCAUGUUGUUGUCAACACAGUCAGUGAAGAAAGGUUAACGCAGUGUUGGGAACCACUGGUUGCAUAAAUCCAAACAAGCCAAGACAACGUUUGAAUUGGCCACUAUGCUGGAUGCUAGAAUUGGCACUGCCAUCAUUGAAGGAUACGAGAUCAACAAUGAGACUUUUGUCUUUUCUUUGCAAUAUUAAGAAGAACAAGCAACAGAAUGAUUUUAUGUCUCUCCAGUUAAGAUUAUUAUCCCUAUAAAAACUUGAGUAUCUCUCAAUCUUUUUUUUUUAUCUUCACAAACCACUGUGAUAUAAAGAAUGGCAGUGUCCCUCAGGCUACAUGAAAGAACUAAAGGUGGGAGAGACCACAUGGAGUUAUAAUCAUGUCAGUGAGCACUUAAUCCAGAACAGUUCGUAACCAUAAUUUUAAAUUAUUUUAAAUUUUUUUUAACUGAGAAAAGGGCUAAAAAGUAGUUAAAGCUUAUUUUAUAAAGGACAGGAGUGCAGUGUGUAUGGGGGUAUAGCAACAUGAAUCUAUGGGCUGUAGUAUAGAGGAAUAGUCACUACUGAAAAUUAAUAUAUUUGUUUCACUGGAACAAAGUUAUGUUUACUGAAAGUUUAAAGACUGCUAGCACAGAGCAUAUCCAGAGAAUGUUUAAUAUGUGGUUUCAAAUAUAGUUAGUAUGCUACAGUAGUAGUCCUAAAUUAAGAAAAAAAUCUAGAUUUUUGUCAUGUAGAGAGAGGAAGUUUGUCAACAAAAAGAGAGGGCUGGCUAAAGGAUGCAUCAGAAUAUGAAGAACUUGCCCAUUUUCUAGGCUGCCUAAUUUUUUGAAUUACAAGUAUUUCACUCGUUUGCCAAGACAGAUUUUUACCCUUUAAAACAAUUUAAGUACAGUCUUCCUAAGCUUAAAAAUCAUUUACCAUACAGAAAACAAGAAUUCUUAAGGAAAGUAUCACUGUAAAUGAUAGAAAAAGUGCAGUGGUUACUAGACUUUUCAGAUGCUGCUGUUUGGCCUCUGCUGGCUUAUUUAUGCUCUAGCUUACUGUGGAGCAUGCCCUACUCCAAGUAUUUCAGGUGGUGUUGGAGAGCAGCGUCUGUGGUGGGCUGCUGCCUCCCAGUUGCUGUUGGGAAGAAAAUGUCAGACUGCUGUAGUUAGUGGCAUAGCCAAGCUUGGAUACGUACCCAGUCACAAGGGCAGUGCCUGUUCGAAGUAAGUGGUACCAGUUUAGGAAAGAGCUUGUGACAAGUCAGACCUAUUAAAUGAGUGUAGGAGGUUCUUCUGUUGCCCUGUGUUGAAACUGUAUUUGUUAGUUUUCUUUAAUAAUGUUGACAGAAAAGUAAAAUAUGAACAACUCUUGUACUAUGCUGCUGUGUUUUGUUCUGGCUUAGACCAGUGUUACUACAACUUGCUCCUAGGAGCAUCCUUUGUCUUGCAUAGUGAUCUGUUUAAAAGUAACAUUUGCAUUACUAUUAUGUUGCCUCAAAGGAUACUGGUGCUUUUAUUGUUACCACCUGAGAGGAAGUGCCUUACUAACAUUCCUCCUUUUGUACAGAAGUACUCAAGUUUUGUUGCUCUGAAAGGUGCUGCUUUUAGUUCUUUAUGGAAAAUGUGCUGUUAUUGGUUCCAAACUGUGGUACUUUGUCAUAUUGAUGUGCUCUUGCUAAAUAUAAUAUGGCAUUUCACAAAUAAAUUUAGGGUAGGUAA